AUGCUUCUUGGCCCGGAGAAGGUCUUACUGGCCGCCGACGAUGUCUGCGCAGCAGCGUCAGUAGCAGCGGUGGACGGUUCGGCUGGACAGAACGUUGAUCACCGUGGACGUAGGUACAAGCAGCGGCGGCACUGCUGUGUUUGCUUCACUCGAGACACACAGGAUGCGGAAGCGUCACCCCAUAUCUGCAGGUUAUGCUGGACACUGGAGGCUGCGGAUGCGUUCACGCUGAGGGAACUGGAAAGCAACCCCGAACGUUAUGAAGUACAGGACUAUCAGCUUGAGACGCGUUGUCUCCGGCUGAUUGAGCUGGAUUGCAGUUCUGCUCUCUGCCGACGCAAUUUCGUUACCGGCCCCACGCUAUGCUCUUACCAUAAACAGCAUCACACUCUGUUUCUCCAGAGAUUGGCUGCUCGACUUCCUUCUCCCUUCUUUUUCUCGCUGGUGAAUGGCGAGGCCGUGCGCCACUCUCUCUCGUUACAUCCUACUGGAAAGGCACUGGUUCGCCCGUCGAGGACUCUUGCAAUCGGUACGGCACCGUUGGGUGAUGCCGCCUAG